GUUCGAGGUGUCAGGCGAUGUGAAUAAAGCGACGCAGUCUAACCGCUUUUGGAACUGACGCCUACGACCGCUCUCAAUGACACCGCGCUGGGCUGAUAAUUGUUGAAGGAAUCCGCUUGCUUCUAGACUAGUGCACUGAUCCAGAUGAUCGGCGGCACCGGCAAUCUAGGAAGGUAUGUCCCUUGAGGAAGGCAAGGCACGAUGACCUCAUUUGAUGCACUGGGAGUCUGGGAAACGGUCUGCCAGUGCUAUCCAUCUGCAGGAGCUCCUGUCCGAGCUAAAGCGCGCCUCACCUGAGCUUUGUCCCGUCUUCACAGGCGGUUGGACCACACCUGCACAGUAUGUACAACCCUUAGGGAUGAAGCCCCUACGGUUCAGUAUCAACACCAGGAAGGUAAGUACGAUGACAUACGGUUCCAGCUGCUUAAGACGAGCCGUCGCCGGGCACUUAUUGCUUGCCCCUCUGCUCACAGUGCUCGGCUCCAUCCUCUCACUUCUUUCGUCGCAGGCGCGGUUGCAACUUCAAUCACUCCCACCCUUCUGGGCCUUCCCACUGCUCCGGUUCUGGUACCGUAUCCAUCUCAACAGAGGCCAGAAAGACAUCUUUUUAUCAACAGAGCUCGACAAGAUGUAUUGGCUUAAAAACUUGAUCACAUUCUCGCUUUCCACCAUCCUCAUUUUGAACCUCGCCAUUCCGCUCGCGUUGUUCGCAUCUAUCAUCACGUUUUGCUCAUGGGCCUACUUGACCGGGUAUCUCAUUUGGGCGUUCAUCGAACAUAUAAUUAUGUUCGUCCCGAGGACCAUCCUCUUUAGGUGGAGGAUGGAUGAACGAAAUCUCACACGCUUCAACAACGUGGUAUCGGUGCCGAAAGCGGCAGAUCCCGACUCAUUUAGGCCUGUCAGUCCCGGCAGGUUUCCCCCCUUGCCGAGCUAUCUGCGCUCGGAUCAUACACCGCCGAAGCGCCGACUCAGUAAUACUGCUCUCGGUGGUCGGCUGAGCGGUCCUGAGCUGCGAGCCUGGCUCAUGCGGGAUUACGAAGGACUGGGGGGUCCGAAGUGGGAUGAUCUCGAUGAGAGCCCGUUGCCGACGAUGAAACGACAACGGACCCAUGCGGACUCGGGAGUGGGGAGCUCUCGUACGGCACAGUCUGGCUCUAAAGGCGUUAGUCCCCGAACUUUCGGCACCGUUUUGUCUCCUCGGCGCCUCACGAUCGUCGACAACAUGCACCGGACGGGUAGGGUUCCGCCUACCAUUGUUGAAGGGGACAGUGAUGAAGAGCGCUCGAAAACCCCGACGAGAAGUCUUCAUCGUUGAUCGGGGAGCCCAGUUCUUGAGUUUGUUUUCGUCUUUCGCUUUGCUGGGAGGAAGAGUGUGGAUGUUUCUGGCAAGGUGUUUUUGUCGGACUCUUUACGGUGAUUAUGGCUUAUGAACGUGCAUUUUGGUGUUGAUGGUGGUGGUGCAUUGAGGCUAUGGGAAAACGGGUUACUGGUCUGAAAGGCAAAUGCUAGACGCGGUUAGCGGUUAUGGUUAAUGGUCGACGGAGGAUAAUCAAGCGCA